UCUAAUCCUAGUACUCAAUCAUUGUGUCUUCAAUUUUAUGAAUUGAAGUCUGACUUGGUUUCUCCUUCAUUUUCAACUCCACCACCGUGUAUGCCGCCUUCCUCCUCCGCCAUCUCAACGGCAUUGUGGAGCCCCUAUAACCUUGAUUCUUCAAUUCUUGUCUUGAACUCCGACGACCUUCAUUUUGUAACUCAGAUACUAAGGCGAGCUUGGAUUGGUCUUAGAACGAUGAAGCAGCCUCAAAAGCAUGUAGGAGACUUCGGGCAUAUAACAGCAACUCGAAAUCGGAGCGAAGUAGCUCGACGCCGACUGCAUGUAUUGAUGUUCUUCAUUGAGUUGAUGCAACGAAAUCGUACAAAGCUGGAGCAGCAGCAUCAUCAUUAUUUCGGAACUAUAAUAGCAGCGAGGAUGUUGCACUUCAAUCCAGGAAUGCUAAAAUCCGAGGAUAGACGGAUACUUCGUGAGUGAGUAGAUCUGAGAGUGAAUGGGGCCCGAUAUUCCGAUAACCCCUCAGUGUCGAUAACCGUAAACCUCCGGAAGGGCAAUGCCCUGUUUAUUAUUGGAUCCAAACCUUACAGUAUUAUAGAGGGCAUUCCAUUAAAUGGACACUCUCACUCCUUUGUUGUAACAACAAAGGUAGUUGGCCUCGACUUGAUAGUUUUGCUACAAGUCAUUAGGAUCGUUCACCACUGACUAGAUAUUAUUGAUGGCCAUCAUACAUGUUUGCAUUGAUUUCCCUAAAAGAUAACUUAUCCCUUUUGUAAUAAAAAGGUUAUAGCUCGAGCUCAUAUCUAAAACUAUUUAAGUUUUCAUAAAACUUAGUCUACCUCAUUUUCAAACCACAUAGGUGGGCUGGCCCCUACUGGGGAGCGAGGACGAAGCUCACCCCUACUAUAGUU